AUGCAGUUCUCAAAGGUUCUCUACGUCCUCUUCCCGGUCGCCGUUCUGGCGGCACCAUUGCAGACGUUCAAGGUCCCGACGCUGGACCCCCAUACGGUUGCACCGGAAGUUCCCGCCAUCGACCGACGUAUUCCUCAGACGGAGGACACUUGCGACGAACACCCCCUGUCACUGGUCUUUAUGCUCAAUUUGCGCAGAGGAGCGUUCAAAAGACGGACUCUCAAGUCCCACUGUCGAUACGGCUCGGGUUCAAGGCCUAACCAGCCGCACCUCAACCCCCACCGCGGCUGGAGAGCAGGCUGGCCUCUUCAAGUUUGCUAA